GAAGAAGAGGAAAGGAAAGGAAAGAGCAGGAGUUGGCUUGGCUCUCUAUGGCAACCCUACAUCAAAGCAGCAACCUGCAGUAAGCAGCCACACACAUACACACAUAAAUUAUGCAAAUACACAUAGACAUUUUUUGCUUUUUAUUUGCAUUUCAAAUGUGCCUACAUUUGGCAUUUGAAAGAUAUUCAACCAAACGCACACACACAAAUACAGUAAUUCCUAAUCUGGCUGCACUGCUCACAUGGUUGAACCCUCGGAAGCUGAGCGUACCCCCUGCCCGUCUCUCUGUGUGUGAUGUGCAUCUGUGAACAUUGCUGCAGCAUGUAUCCAUAUGCAGUGUUUUCAGCAUUUGGAGGACUUUAAAGUGGGAAAGUUUGAAAUGACAACCAAUCUGUCCCACAACUUGAUGUCAAUUUGUGAGACCGGUGCAGCCCUGUCACGCCCACAGCGCCCCCUUUCGGCCCGGACGGCUCACCACGCCCCGGCGCCUAUGAAAGGGUACCAUGUCAGCCGUAGCAUGUCCCAGCAUUCCUCCGGUGGUGGCGGGGGCGGGCCCUGCCACUGCACGCCUGAGGAGUGUGACGGCCCGGGCAGAGACUUCUACCAGGGUCACAGUGACGGCCACUAUUAUCCCCCGGGAGGUCCGGCUGAGGCUCUGGCCCUGGAAAGGCACCAUUCCCACUCCCACUCCCACAGCCACUCCGGAGGGGGCACGUUUCCCCGUUCCCAGCAUCCACCUCUCCAGUCGUUUGACUCCUGUGAGGAGUGCCUGUCCUCAGGCCACGGAGGGAAGAUGCACCGCAUUCCCCCGAACUUGAUGGACCAGUUUGAGAAGCAGGUGCCCUUUCAUCCCGAUGGCUUCCACACGCUGCAGUACCAGCGCACUGCUAGUGGGGGUGCUGAGCAGCGCAGUGAAAGCCCCUCCCGCAUCCGUCACCUAGUCAACUCUGUGCAGCGUCUCUUUGCCAAGUCCCAUUCCCUGGAGGCACCGUCCAAGCGGGAAUUCAAUGGCACAAGAGGAGGUGGGGACUACCGUGGCGAGAGGGGAGGAGGCCACAGGAGUGGAGGGGAGGACGGUGGAGGCCACUACUCGGGCCACCAGUCUCGCUCGACCAGGAGGAGCAAGUCUCGAGAGCGUAGCAAGAGUGGAGACUCGAGGCACGAGUCGGGCAGACGCCAUCGCAGCAGGACAGCGGGCUGGUGGAGUUCUGAUGACAACCUGGACAGUGACAGCAGCUUCCUGGUGAGUGGAGGCAGACGGGGGUAUCCCAGCGGACAUGAGAGCCUCGAUGCUGCCAUCCAGGAGCUCACUAUGAAGAAGCCCAAGGAGCGCGGGGGUGGGCCUGGGCCGGGGCCUGGGCCGGGGCAGGGGCAGGGGGAGUGCGUGGCGUGUACCACGAUGGCUUUGGCCGGGAGUGAAGAAGGCGGACACCACGGGCACCACGGCCACUCCCUGAAGAGGAGCACCUGGUCAGCCAUGACAGUGAGUCAGGCCAGGGAGGUGUACCCUUCCACCAGGGGAGGCGGCUACAACAAAGCCCUUGUGCCAUUGGAGAGCAAGCUGAAGGAGAGGAGCUUCCACUACCUGCAGGUCCCCUCAGAAGACUGGGGAGGCGGAUACGGCGGCGCAGCCGACACCGGGGGAGAGAUCCCUUGCCGUCGCAUGCGAAGCGGCAGCUACAUCAAGGCCAUGGGCGACGACGACAGUGCAGACUCAGACACCAGCCCCAAGGCCUCGCCCAAGUCCACCCUGAUCGCUCAGAGGGAUGCCUUCAGACGAUCUAUCAGCAUGGAUCAAAGGUACUCGUGUAAGCAGUGCACAGAUUCCUACCCCAACAGCCGAACCACCCCCAAGACCCACACCCGCUCUCGUAGUUACACCCGCUCUCUCACCAGCUCACAGCUGGGGGACACGUUGAAUCGUCAAUUCGAGGCAGUGUGUGAGACCAUGUUUGGGGAGGUGGAGUCUCAAGCCAUGGAGGCCCUGGAUCUUCCGGGUGUGUUUCGCACCCGCAGCCACAGCUACGUCCGCGCCAUCCAGGCCGGCUGCUCCCAGGACGACGACUGCCUCUCCGUCUUCUCCAUGUCAGGACCCCAGGGAGGCAUCAAGGGCGGGGCCGUCUUUCCUUAUCGUAAAGGUGCUCCUCCCCCACUCCCACCUCGCAUGUCCAAGUCUUCACUCUCUGUGCGGGCCCAGAGCAGCACCGAGUCCACCCAGGAUGCCUACUUCCAGAGCGGCGGACAGCUGGUCUCAGGCUCCGGGAGGCCAAAACUGCACAGCAAUUCCGUGGACAUGGGCAGCUCUGACGGGCCCUCGGGUCGCUCCUCCAGGGGAGGCUAUUACACUGCCACGGGCCCAGGACGUUCUAGGCAGCACAGUAACUCAGCGGAGAGCCUAGACGGGGUCAGGGGUUCGCGGGAGCUGGUGCCCUACGGAGGGGGUCCGGGAGUUGGGGUGAGAGCCAAACACAGCAGUUCAGCUGACAGCCUACUGGAGGGGCCACCAAGGCCGGCCAGAGAGCGGGAAAGCAGGGUUGGGGGCAGCCUGGGGAAAUCCGCCUCUCUGCCUCAGAACAGCCUUGUGCUGUGUAAAGCUGGAGGGCAGGAGGAAGGACGUGGUGGGAGAAAGUGGAGUCCAUCUAUAGCUGUGCAGGUGGACAGCUCCGAGACCCUGUCGGACUCGGACGGAGAGGGCAAAGCUCUUACAGAGGUCCACUCCAUAGGGGUCCAAGUGGAAGAUGACAAAAGGCGGGCUCGCUUCAAGCGCUCCAACAGCGUGACGGCGAGCGUGCAGGCCGACCUGGACCCCGAGGGCUUCCCGGGGCUCAGCGUCGCCGUGCCAACACAGGACAAGAGUCUUCAGUUUGGCUGCUCCUUCCAAAGGCACUCGUCAGAGCCCGAGUCGGCCAGUCAGUACACCGAGUGCCACCGCACCGUCCACACGCAGGGACAGUGGGCCUACAGAGAGGACUUUAUCCAGAGUGGCUACACCACUGACGCCUGCCCAGCAGACCCACGACCUCACCAGCACCCGCACUUGCCUCCACGCGCCCACUCCCCUCUGCCCAUCACCUCCGAGCGAGCCUGGGCGGGAACGCCCUCCUUGGAGGGCCCCCGGAGCCUGCCCGACUCGGGCCGGGCCUCGCCCUGCAUGAGAGAUGGAGAGUUCUUCUUACGCCUCCUGCAGACGGAGGUGGAGAGGAUGGAGGGCUGGUGCCAGAACAUGGAGAGGGAGGCCGAGGAGAACGAGCUGCCUGAGGACAUUCUCGAGCUGAUUCGAAAUGCUGUUGGCAGUGCCCAGAUGCUAAUGUCUCAGAAGGUCCAGCAGUUCUUCCGCCUUUGCCAACAAAGUGUGGACCCAUCGGCCUACCCCCAGCCCACCACUCAGGACCUGGCAGGCUUCUGGGACCUGCUCCAGCUCAACAUAGAGGACGUCAGGGUCAAGUUUCAGGACCUCCAGAGGCUCAAAGACUCUGGUUGGAGGCUCCCACCUGAAAAGAAGGAGGACAAGAAGCUUCCUCCUCCUUUACCAAAGAAGCCAGCAGGCGGGGUGAGUGGCAGCCUCCGGGCUGAUAGCACUGGGGAUGUGGGCACUGGAGGUGGGUCGGGGGGCCUGGUGGUACCUCGCAUGGGUGGACACACCCUACCCAUCAGGGAGAAAUCCCUGGACCUCGGGGACCGUCAGAGGACAGAAGCGAGGAGGAGGCUGCUGCAGACCAAGAGAACCGCUUCCUUCAGGCAGAACUCGGCCACGGAGAGCGCCGACAGCAUCGAGAUCUACAUCCCCGAAGCGCAGACUCGACUCUGAACAUAGAACUGUGGUGUGUCCCUCUCCACCUCCUCACUCGACACCCACCCCCUUCAGACCCGCGCCUAGUUUUGGAUCUUCUGCAGGCCGUUGCUGUUUAUCUGCUGGCCGUCCCUCAGCAUUUCCAUUAGUUCAACUUACCACAACUGCAAAUGCCAAUAUCUUGCUCAUUCAACAAGCAAUGACAGCCAUCUUAGUGUCUUGAAAUUUGGACAUUUUACUGACAAAGAGGCCUAGACCCGAAAUGGUUGCUCGCAAAUAUGAGUUACAGAUCUUUUUUAACUCUGAAUUUAUUUAUUUAUUUAUUUCGCUUCAUUUGCCAACUAACACUGGGCAGCGGAGGGUCACGCAGUAGUAGCAUGCCUGUGCGUGUUCACCCAGCACUUCUCCAUCACCGAAAACAAAGGGCUUAACAGGCACAAAACCUCUAACAGAAACUCCCUGUAUGGAUCCCUGACGCCAUUUGCAGCAGAAUCAGCUCCGCGCCACGUUUUGGGAGGUUCCUGAAUCGCAACAAGAAGAAUCCAUGCUCUUCACUGAUGCCACCAGUACGGAUGAAUGAACAUGGAUGACUCUCUCUCCAUCAGUUUAAAUGCCAUCAAAGUCAGAUGGGCCUCAGUCCCCAAGGAACGUCCUCCAAACGCACUCAGCCUGCCCCAGCUAGCGCCGUCCACCCAGGUGCCAUACGUCCACCCAGGCCCUCGGUCGAAGAACGUGAAACAAUUUUCCGUCUCUCUCUCUCCCUCUCCUUCAUUCCCCUCAACCACACCCCAUGUAUCCGUCGACCACCCCUUGGCACUCAGCAGUGGGGCUGUUUGAAUGUGCAAGUGCUCCUUGUGCAGCGAGCGCACUCGUGUUUGCCGAGAGGAGCAUUUGCAGUACAGCAUCACAGUCUUGACAGCUAGAGAGCAUCACAGACAAAAGAAAACAACAACUCUUCAUGUAGUCUUUCUGGAGUUUCAGGGGCGGGGUUGCUUGGUAUUUCUACGGGAAUAUAUGUUUCGGUGGCUUUUCAGGACUGUUUACUGACAAGGUCCCUAUUUCACUGUGAGACUAUAGCACCAUCAAGUGGUCAAACGUGGACCCAAACCGACACGAGUGGUGCGGGGAGAGUCAUUCCCACCUCAUUGUCAGAAAUGAGCAGACGCCCUGAUGAAACCGCCACGAAAGAAGAUCAGUUUCCUUACUUUCCGCCACUUCUUUCCCUUACCCCUUGGUUCCUGUUUUCUUCUACUCAAUAUAGUUUGUGUGGACUUUCCCAUGGAGUUUUUUGUACGAUUAAGAAGGCGGUAGAUCAAAAGCCGCCAAAGUCUUCAGCGGAACCCGCUCGCCUAACUCGAAGUGCACACAGUUUCACCAACACACUCACACACACACACACACACACACACACACACAUACACACACACACACACACACACACCACUGAUGGGAGAAGGAGUGAGUUCUCUGGACGAAAAAAGAAAACAAAAGGAGUCAUAUUGUACGCGGCUCCCUCCAAAAACGUUUCCAAAGAAUCAUCACCGAGAAGAAACCGUCAGUUGUGAAACCAUAGAAAAGAAUCCACUAGGUUGUGUAUCGAAUGAUGUAACACUUGUUAUGAAUGGAGGGAAAACUGUGUGUUUGUUGAACUAAGCGUUCCUUUACUGCCCAAUUUCUUUACUGGACUCCCUGAAGUCGUAACACCUGGUGGUUCCACUGAAGUUGUAGCAUGACUUUGAAAAGCUUUGAAGGGGUCUCAUUUACAGAUCUGUGCGAGAACACACGUUUCUUAUUGAAGUACUUUGUAUGGAUGUUGUGCAAAGGCUUGCGUGAGUGUGUGUGGUGUAUACGUGAAGGGCUGUGUGUAAUACGGGACGUGAUGAAGCCCAAUGAAAACUAAAAGGUCAGAAUCAGCCAUUUUGAAAACAUACAAAAGAAAAAGAAGAAUCUUUUAGCAUGACCAGUUUUUCUUUUCUAAAAAUUUGGAUGGAAUGUGUUGGCAAAAUGGGAUAUUUUAAAUGGGAGAUGUAUAUUUUAUGAUAUAAUCUACAUUUCUAGAUUAGUAGACACUCUUGAGUACAGUAUAUGUACAAAAAAAGCAUAUAUCAAAUGUGAAAUACAGUAUUAUUAUGAUAGAUUAUAGCAUUGUGUGAAUCUUCAGCUGUGUGGCAUAUCCAGACUCAGUAUAUAUGAAAAAGAAUUUUCAAAUGAUUAUUAUUACCUUAGGUUUGUGAGUGCUGGGUCAGGUUAACAGGGUAUAACUGGCAAGAGCGUUAAUUGCCAAGAAUGAUCCUCAUUAGAUCUACUGUAUAUCUAUGUGUGGUUCUAACAACAUAUACUGCUGUAUCCCCUCCCUGUAUUUCCUCUUUAGAGCCAACUACACGUGCCUAACCAGCUAUAUGUGGAGGUUUCCGGUAGAGUUUACAGUACACAUAUAUAAAUAUAUAUGAGCAAAAGGAGAAAGACAUGUAAAUAGCAGGUCAAAUCUGCAUUAACACCUGCAGAGACUACUGUUGAAGAAGUUUAACUGUACUGACAUGCCACCCUUUGUCUCCCUCACUCUCACUUGCAAUACUCACACAAGAUUGGCAGAUUUUGUUAAUACUGCAUGUUUUGUGACCAACUUAGCAGAACCUCAUUUUUUGACCGACACAAAUUAAGAAAAAUUUUGUAGCUUGUAAACAUUCUUUUUUUAAUUGAAAAAAAAAAGAAAAAAAGAUUGACGAGAUUACAAGAUUUUACAAAUGCAGUCGUUUGAAUGAGUGACUUAUUUGUACAAAGGUUAUAUAUCCUUGGAGGACAGUAAUACUGUAAAACCUUGAAACAGUCCUCUGUGUUUUGACUUGAAUCUCAAUUGAACCACCUCGGUGUAAAAACAAGCUGCCCUGGCAAUGGAAAAGACAAGGGCUCAAAAUCAGACAUCAGUUUCGCAGCGGUGUUUCCUCCCCUCACCCCUUCUCCGCUGUUGCCCUCAAACUUGACAACAUCUCUGUGGUGUACGACACAGCCCUUCUCAAACAAAGCACAAAGACCUGCUUUUAUACUGUUACUCCACUGUGAAGGACCCUCGGCUCCACCCUCGAAAUCCUCAAACCCGCACGCGGAGGGAUGGCACGGUCUUUCCAUUUUCGGGCCUUGAGGGGAAACCAGGAAUCAAGGAGGCUUUGUUGAAUAUCUAUCCUUGGUAGCAACUUCUGCUGCUUGUUCAAUUUUUGGCUGACUUUCCGCUCUUCACUUUCGAUCACAAGUGGAGGUGUUCGCCAGCCACUAUGCCUUGAAACAGGUCCGUUUCAAACACACGUUUUUGCGGUUGGGAGUUCCAUCGAUUUUUUUGAUUUUUUUCAGUAUUUUAUCUAUCUGUCCUUAUAUAUAUCUGCACAUUAUAAAUACAGGGGCCUCAGCUAAAGAUAGCAGCUGGGUGUACAGUUGUAAAAACAUGAUCCAUGCACUCACAAACACACCAGACGACGACAUGAACCCCUUCCCCUCCUUGCUGGAGUGCAAAAACCCCACACGGGCAAGCCGGACGGACAAGUCAACUCCGAGUACCUCAGUUUCUAGCAGCAGUGUCUCCAACCCCCCCGACCCAGGCCUCUGUCCUCAGGGGAUUCUCUAGUACCACACGACAGGCGGCCGCUGACAAUACAGGACCAGAGCUGCCCCCCCCCAGGAACGCUCUCCAUAUUUCUCUGAAUGAAAGGGGCAAUGCCCGUCGUUCCUCCAGUAGCCAUUUCUCAGAGACUGGAGAGCAGCAGGGUCGAAGGUGGUGAAGGAGUUGGCUUGGUAGCUCAAUUGUAGCCAAUGUGUGUGUGUGUGUGUGUGUGUAAUGUGUGUUGUGCAUCUGCAACAAAGUGGAGCAGGAGGGAUGUCGUAGCAGCAGAUUUGAGUUUGAGUUUGACAUUUCACAGAGGGCAGAGCUGCUCUGGAGGAAAAACGUAUUCACUGGACCAUCUCGUUUUCCCUGAUAGGAAGCAGGAGAUCUUUUUCUAUUCAUCUAAUGUAUUAUUAUUACUCCCCGCAGGCCUGUAGAUGCUUUUUGUCCAUGAAUAAUCAGUCAACCCACGUUUCAGCAGUGGAAGGCUUUUGACUUACUCACAGCAAAAGGAAAUGUGGGGUUAGCUGGAAAGUGUAUUUCUACCCACCUAUUCUUAUAUGCAUUUUUAAUUUGUGUAUGAGUAAACUGUGGAAAAGGAUGGACAUUCAAAGUAAAAAUAUUGUUAAAAGGUUUUUUUUUAUACAUGAUAAAUAAAAAUAAAUAGUGCAAUGGAAACAGACUAAGCGAAUAUGUGACUGUCUCUCGAACUUCUGCUCUAGCAGAAAGGAAAUCAGAAAUCAGAAGUGUGGACCGAAUAGCAGACUGUAACAUUCCUCAGAUGAAUACAUAAAAGCCAUAUUUGGCAUCGUAUUUUCUGCAUUGUAUUCCGCCAUUUUAGUUUAGUUCUGCAGUCUUCUUUAUGGAUUGAUUUAAUGGCACCCAAACAGAGAACUGUUCAUUUUUAUGCACUCAACCCAAAAAUGGUAGGGAAUGGAAAUGUGUGUUAAAAAAAUCUUUUCUUUUGCUGAUUUCCUGGAAAUUUGAUCACACAUUAGCUCUAGAUUGAAAAGUAUUGCUAUGCUGAUAUCAACAAGAUAAAAUAACACUGGAUAGGGAUAACUUCCUGUGAAUCCCCCGUGUAGAGACAUCCUAACAGGAUGUAAAUGCUGAAAAGAACGGCGUCUUCAAGGUCGGACUUCAUGAAAAUCGUAAAUAACUUUUAACACUCAUUUGUACUUUUGCCUAACUUCCUUUAGACGUAUUUGAGGUUCUCCUCUCAGAGGUUUGUCUCUCCGUCUGCCUCCAGAGCAGCUCGCAGCCCAGAAGAAGUUCAACUGAAACUCCAAUGUGCCUUCAGCCCUGAGGUGUAACUGCGUUCGUACUGUGUGUGUGUGUCUGUGUGCGUGUACUUACACUGUAAUGUUGCUCUAGAGUACACACACAGGUAACCAUGUGGGCCAGAGACAAUUGAGCAAUUACUGUGUAAUUAAGGAAAAACAAACACCCUGCCACCCUCGUGUUUACAAAACUGUAAAUACAUGUUUCCAAUGGACAUUGCUCUUCUCAAUAUUACAUAUAUUGUUAUUACAAAAUGAUUAUUAUUAUUACUAUGAUUAUUGUCAUUAAAGGAUUCAUUAUUGCCAUCACUCUCUUUAUUAUAUAAAUGCUGUUGUCAAUUAUAUCUAUGGGUAUACAUUGUUCUGUAUUCAAGAGGCGGAGCUCGUGUUCACUGACGAAAAAGAACUACAGUAGUUUAAUCUGUGAUGAUUAGUCUUAAAUCACUGCUGCUAAGGAGAUGGGAGUAGAAGGGAAAAAAGCAAACUGACACUAACUCUGGGAAGACAUUUUUUUCCUCUGGGAUCAAUGAUGGACAGAUCACCAAAAGAGGAAAGUAAGAACAGGAUGGACUGAGAGGAAGAUCCAAACAUUAGAAAUACUCUCGUGCUUCGAUUCCACUCUGAACUCGUAGUUCUGCCAGGAGGUAAAAAAAACCUGGACAUCACACUGAUCACAGACUGUCCACUCUCUGUAUUCUACUCUGCACAGCAAUGUAGCAAAAACUAAAUAGCCCCUCGUUCUCUACUCUGUCCGCCUCCUUCAUCUCUCUCUUGUGUUCCUCACUGAACACCAUGAUUUUUGAUCAGACGGGUUAGAUAUGGCGAGCUUUUCUGUCUUUAAGCUCAGCUUUAUCCUUGAGUUCUCUUGUUUUAUACGCAUUUGAUUCAGUGCCAAGACAGCAUACUGUACAUACAAACAUUAGACGCGUUUGUUCUUUCCUCCUAUAAAAGGAAUUGACUGGAGCACAUAGCAAUAGCGACGCCGUGAGAUAUGAACUUUUUGUUUCGUAGUUGCCACCGGUGGAGACACGAGAUGCAUGAGAACACCACGGUGACCGAGAGAUGCAGUGUGAGUUUGUGAUGGACGGCGGAGGGUGCUGCACAGUGAUGUGUAAAUCAUGACUCUGGUGUGUUGUGCUUCGCAUUUUGUACAUACAAAUUCAUUUAUUGAUCUGGUAUGUUUUAUGGAUCCAGAUGUCGCAGGAGCACGUCUGAGAGCGCUAAAGCCCAGAGAGAUGGCACACUGUGACGUGGUUUACCCCAACACAGAAUGUAACACUGUCAACGUUGUCAAAACAUUUUUUUAAUGGCUAAUAUUAUUACUAUUAAUAUGAUUAUUAUAAAGCUAUUUUAGCGAGUUAAA